AUGACGCUUCAACAUCUUGCACACGUGUGCUCGCACUUGCAAAACGCCUCCAAGGCGCGUCUUGGUCUGACCAGCGCGCCCUGGAACACAUCGAAUCUACAUCUCCUCCUGUCUCUACAACGGACAGGAUUCCUCUCCUUUGUCACACGCGGUGGCGCCGUGCCCCCGGACCCUGCGACGCUCAGCACGUAUGAGCCCGAGCCGCUCAACAGCGCGACCGUCGCGCGCCAGCGCCUGUGGGUUGGUCUCAAGUACAGCAACAACGAGCCCGUCAUGAAGACCCUCAAGAUCAUCUCGCGGCCGACUCGGCCAGUCACUGCAAAGCUCGAGCACCUCGAGCGACUGUCCAGAGGAUGGGAUUCUGGCCCGACCAGGCUCAUCCAAAAGGGACUCAACCUGGGAGAAUGCAUGUACGUCAGCACGCCCAGAGGCGUCAUGGAGAUCCGCGAGGCGGUCGAGAGAAAGAUGGGUGGUAUUCUUCUCUGCCGAGUCUCGCCAUAA